CGCUGCCGCUGCGGCCGCCGAGCGCGUGGUUGCAGUGCCGAUGCUGAGUGGACAGCUGCUGGGCCGCGCGCGCUCCAUGGCCAGCGGCGCGUGCGGGCCCCGGGGUGCCGCGGGCCCCGUGGAGGCGACCAUCCGCAGGAAGCUCGAGCAGGCCCUGGAGCCCGACGUGCUGGACGUGCGCAACGAGAGCGGCGGCCACUCGGUGCCGCCGGGCAGCGAGACGCAUUUCCGCGUGGCCGUGGUGAGCGCCCGCUUCGAGGGCUUGAACCCCGUGCAGCGGCACCGGCUGGUGCACGCGGCGCUGUCCGAGGAGCUGGCGGGGCCGGUGCACGCGCUGGCCAUCCAGGCCCGGACCCCGGCGCAGUGGCGGGAGAACCCUCGGCUGGACACGAGCCCUCCCUGCCUGGGCGGCAGCAAGAAACGAGGCGCCCCCUGAGCCCCGGGGAGAGCGAGUCCCGCGGCCCCCCAGCCGGACUGCUGGGAACACUGCCCAGCCGGCUUGGAAUUCCAUGAUCCGAUGCAUUAAACGAACUGACCCGA